UCUUUUCACUCUCUUUUUUGUUGAGUGGACGCAGACAAUCUGUUUUGUUAACGUUACAAGAGAUAUAUCAGUCAAAACCAGGAGAGAAGGAGAUAAGAAUGGCUUCAUUAAUAUCAACACUUGUCCACUCUAUUUCUCCCACUACUUUCAAUGGCAAUUCAACUUCAUGUCCAAGAAGACGCAGCACAGAAAUUUGUUUCCCCAUCACUCGGGCAAGCGCUCUCCUUCAUGCAGCCAAGCAUACUGUUAAUACAUACAUAAAAAGUGGCAUGGUUAUUGGAUUAGGGUCUGGACAUGCUUCUGGUAUGGCUAUACUGUAUUUGGGUCAACAACUUCAUGCUGGUGCUUUAAAAGAUAUAGUAGGCAUACCCAUGUCAGUAGCAAGUGCAAGUGAAGCAGCUAAGGCAGGCAUUCCAUUGGAGCAAUACCAAGAUGGUUCUCAAAUUGAUUUUGCAUUUGAUGAUGCUGAUAUUAUAGAAGAGGAAACACUAAUUGCAGUCAUUGGUCGCCAAAACUUGCAAGGUGAGGAGUCAAUCAUUCAAGAGAAGUCAAUUCUAAAUGCAGCCAAUAAACAUGUAUUCAUGAUCACAGAAAAGCAGUACAAAGGCACUCUAGAUGGUUCCAUUCCAGUUGUUGUUCAAUCUCUGAACUGGAUGGAAACUGCUGAAGAGAUUGAUGAUCUGUUUUUGGGUGAUGCAGAGGUGUGGAGGAGAUCAUCUAUAGGACAGGCAGGUCCACUAGGGGGUGACUUCCCUCUUGUCACUAGAGAAGGUCACAAUGUUAUUGAUGUCAUCUUUACUUCUCCAAUACAAAGUCUUGCUGAAGUAGCUGAAAGCCUUGAUAAAGUCAAUGGAGUUGUGGAUCAUGGAAUCGUUUCCAAGUUCCCAUGCAUUGCUGUGAUUGCUUCUGAUAGUGGGCUGUGCAUUAUCAACAAUCCUCCAACAGAUGCAGUGCAGGUUAUCAUGUGAGUGAUUGCUUUGUUAUUGUAAAAAUCGUUACCAUUUUGUAAAGAAAAGAGUUAUAAGAAAAUGAACUGUUUGACAAUUGAGCUUUAGCUCAAUGGUACUAGAGAUGUCUUUAGGGCUGUAUCUCGAGUUUCAGUCCUAGUCGGAGCCCAAAAAAAGGAACUGCUUGCUUUCUUGGUUUUUGAAUGAUGAUUGACAUUUAACAA